CUCAUUUUCUCUACACCGAAUCCAUUCAUCACUUUUUCUCAUCUGAGAGUUAAUAUGAAGCUCAGAAAGAAGCGGUUGCCUCCGGUGCAGCCGCCGCAGGUUGAACGCAGGGCCUCAGAGCCUUCGCAAGCUCACCCAUCAAACCGCAUGAAUAGAAGAGCUACAGCACCUUCUAUUGAUUCGCAAACGGGAGAGAGAAUAUACUCUUUUGACAGCGAAACUUCGACACUUGUUGGUGAACCAAGGCCAUAUGACAUAGGAGAGCUUAUGCACAGCCUUACGCGCGAUCGAUCGAUUGAGGAUCUCGCGGAGCUGUACAUGUCCCAAAAUGAAUAUCGUAACCCUGGCGAAUUCUCGAUUGCGAGCUUACCUGCGUCGCUAUGGGAGCGUAUCGCAUCAUUUUUAUCUCUUGCUGAUUCUGCAAGCUUGGCUUUGGCUAAUAGCAUUUUACGAGCAAGAUUAGAUGGCGAUACGCUCUGGAGGAAGCUCAACAACCCCGCAAACAAAGUGGCGAGGUUAGACUUCUUGUUCCGACUUGACAAAUACAUGCCACUGCAUCUACUUUGCACACCGUGCGCUACAUUUCACCAGAGAAUUCGGAUGGGGCGUGAGCAGUACAAGGCUGAUUUCGUUGCAAAUCCGUUGUACCUCUGCCCUAAGGUCUACGAUACCUGGCUUCCGCGUAUGCGUCUCACUUACGGACGAGAACUGCCGUUUAGUUUUAUUCAGCUUGCGACAAGACAACGCAAUUUCGGUUCUUUGCACGGUAUUCCUGCAUCGUCGCUUGACCGGCGUUGGAAAUGCAGUGCCAGUGAAUGGUCUCAUGCAACCCGUUUCGUGGUGGUCAAGGGUAACCUACUUAUGCGGGUUAUCAGCCAAUGCAUCGCACCUCCUAACAUGAUGGACACAGAGCGUCGUAUGCUGUUGCUUGACCGAAUGGAUUACAACCCUUAUUUCUCGGUCUGUGCUCAUUGGAAAAGUGGAGAGUUGAUGAAGGUUUGCAAGUGCGCUGUAUCACACAUCCCAGAACCUCCGGAACGCAUUAGAGAUCAGCUCAAGCAAGGUCGAGGACCAAGCAUCAAUGCCCGAAAUCGCAAUUUUGCAGUCAGUCAAUGCGAAAAUUGCAGGGACAUUCGGCGUUGCCCUCAGUGCCCGACUGAGUAUCUCAUCCAGAUUAAAUUGGUUGAGGACACUGGGCCCACUGGCCGACCAAGCUUCAAGCAUGCCCUGCAGAUUACAAGAUGGAGCGAUCUAGGCAAUGGUUCAAGCCCAAUGUUGAGCUCCGAGUGGGCUUCAUGUUGUGGUUUUGACCCAGAUGGUGUCGGAAAAUUUGACUCGUUCGCUGCUGUAGGUAACCGGACUUUGAGUGGGAAAUUUGAAGCGGAGACCAACAACCACCUGUUCUUGAAGAGAGUGGUUAGUUUGGACCCUGGCAGAGGAAAGCCGAAGCCUUUCAGGUUUGAAGAAUGGAUUUAACUAAGCUUGCGUAAUUCUCCAUUCUUCUUCGAUUGUGGGCUGUUUCCUGCACAAGAAUGUCCAAUUUUUUCACGCCGAGACGGUGAUAAAACGUCAAAUUUUCAGAUUGAAAAUUUUUGACGAGCUUUAAUAAGGAGCAUGUAAUGGAAGGGUUGAAAGACAACUCCUGCCUAAUGAACCUGUCGAAGGAGAAGCAUAUUCUGCACAUUAGCAUGAUGCGUUC